CAUGAUCUGUGCUCUUCUGUUUUGAUGUACUGUGGUUUUUUCUGAUAUCAGUAAAAAUUUAUAAUUAUUUUUAGCUUAUUCGAAUAGAAAUUAUAACAAUGAAUACACUUUGUACAUUGUACUCUCACAGAGUAAUUAGUUUUCUACCAAAAUUAGAUAUAAUGUCAUUAAAUUCCCAGAAAAUAUCUACAACAUGCACCUCACACUUGAAACAAAUUAUUACCGAGGAAAAAGGAAAUUCUAUAGUAAUUAGUGGAAAAAUCAUUGAUUCCGAAAGAAAGCCGUUUCAUCUUAAAUGCGAAAACGGUGUCUGCCCAUUAUGUGCAACUGGAUUGAAUGUCAAACAUACAGAUGUGUUAAUAUUGAGUCAGUUUGUAAGAUCGGAUGGUUGUAUGUUGCCACGUAGAGUAACUGGUCUAUGUACAAAGCAGCAGAGAAGAGUUUCAUCUUUGGUUACCAUGGCUCAUAAAGCGGGUUUGAUGCCAAAUCUAAAUCCGGACAAAAGCAAAAAAGACCCACAACAGCGUUUUGAAUGGAAGAAAUUCAAUAAAUAUUUUGAUGAAACAACAAUAAAAACUUAAAUGUAUAUAUUUUGUAAUAGAUUAUAGAUAAAUUAUUGACAGUUA